AUGCGUAAAUGUUCAGUGUCUGGGUGUAACAGCCAAAAUCGUAAUAUUAAAGUGACACUUUUCAGUGUCACAAAUGCGAAUAAGUCAUCUUGGGAAUCAGAAAUCCGUAGUUCAAUUAAUAAUCAGGUAAAAGAUAUAAAGUAUGUUUGCUCAGAACAUUUUUUACCUAAAGAUAUUAAUACUACAUACCCAAUACCAUCAGAUGUAAUCGAAGAAUUCGGACAGAAAAAAGUGUUCUCAUUGAAGAAGGGGGCUAUUCCCUCAUUAUUCAACCAAAUACUUUCUCGUAGUGAUAGUACUCAAUAUGAACCAAAAACUCACUCUGCUAGAAGAGAACUUUUUACAGCAGAAGCUCCCAAAAUUCUUAAAAGAAAUGUUGAUUCUGUUGAUUCGACUUCAAACUGUACAUCAUGCAAACAGAUUUGUUUAGUAGAUAUAAAAAAACAAAAGUUUGUAAUUGAUCCAGUAAGCUUGCCACUUGGUUGGGCAAGUUAUAACAACAACAAUACUGUAGUGUUUUUCAAACCAGUUUACUUGAUUGAUAAACUUGUAAUUGAAAAACAAAUUGUAAUAAAAAAUGAUGAAGUCGCCAGUUUUUAUAUUUUCAAUAAGUUGAUAGAUCCUACAAAUGCAGGGUUGAUUCAAAUCAAAUUUCCUGUAAACAAUAAAAAUGUGUUAGAAGCAAUAAAAUAUUUUCAUUGCAAACAAAUUUGUCAAGGUGGACCAAUGGUUAUUAAUUUUCCAGAAAUUGUUAAUUCUAGUAAAGCACCUAAACCCAAUAAUAGGAGAUAUUCAGAAAAUUGGAUUCUGUUAUGCAUUUUGUUAAAAAUAAGGUCAACUUCAACAUACACAUUUUUAAGAGAGCAAGAGAUACUUCCUUUACCUUGCACUCGUACUAUCAGAACAUAUUUAUCACUAGUUAGAACUCAAUGUGGCUUUGAUGAAAAAUUUUUUUUAUUGUUUAAAAAAAAAAUGACAAUACUGAAUCAUCAACAAAAGCAUGGUAUGCUUGUAUUUGAUGAAAUAUUUUUGCGGGAAAGCAUAAAUAGUCUUACAGUUAACUUCACCCAACCAAUUGCAGUCUUCACUUCAAAAGGACCAGUUAAAGGAACAGUAUUAGCACAACUAGUGAUAAAAGCUAUAUGCCUAUUAGAAAGAGCUGGAGCAAUAAUAGAUGGAGUAGUUUCUGAUGGAGCUACUACUAAUCGUAAGCUCUGGUCACAGUUAGGCAUAAGUGGUGAGAUAGGAAAAAUCACUAAUGCUUUUCAACAUCCUUUGGACUCUAAAAGAAGAAUUUACAUGUUAUCAGACCCUCCGCAUUUGAUCAAAAAUGUCCGCAACAGAUUAUACAAUAAGAAGGCAUUGAGAGAAUCGCCAAAUGUGAGUUAUGUAAGGUGGUCACAUUAUGUGGAUGUGCAUACAAAUGAUUUAAAAAGAGAUUCAAAUUCUCCAUCAAGAGUGUGUCCAAAAAUCACCCAGAGACAUUUAGCACUUGAUAAUUUCAGUAAAAUGAGCGUAAAAUUAGCAACCCAGAUUUUUAGUAAUUCAAUGGCCAAAGGGAUUGAGUAUUAUAGGUGUUACGAAAAAGUGGAAUCUCUUAAAAAUAGUGAAAACACACAAUUAUUUACAGAGCGUUUAAAUCAAUUGUUUGACGCUUUAAAUCGGAAGUUUCCAGCAGAGGGCAUUAAAAGUAAAAGCAAUGACUUUGAUGUAUUAGAAAAAACAUUAAAAUGGCUUGAUUUAUGGGAAGACAAUGUCAUUAAUCAUACCAUACCUGAGGAUGAAUUUCUCACAAAAUCAACUGCUGAAGGUUUGCGAGUUACUAUCAAAUCAGUAAUUGAGUUGUCCAAAUAUCUCUUGGAAGAAUGUGAGUUCAAAUAUGUUUUAACAUCCAAAAUGAACCAAGAUCGUGUAGAACAAUUUUUCGGUAUGGCACGACAAGCUACGGGUCCUAAUGAUCACCCAAACUGUCCUACGUUUUUACAAGUAUAUAAAAUGCUAACUAUGUAUUCGAUACUAAAGCCUCCUAAAACUGGAAACUGCAUGAUACUGGAUUCAACAACACCAAAAAUUACAAUUAGUGAUCUUAAGAAUGUUUUUAGUAAAUAUGAUACACCAGAAAGACAAAUAAAAAUUAAUAAACUUACAGAGAGGCUUGAUACAUUAGUUACACAAGAUGUGGAAGUGGAUGAUGUAUUUCAACCAGAUAUUUUUAUUGAUCAUAACUAUUACAAAUCUAACUCAGAAACUUGUGUGUUAUAUUAUAUAUGUGGGUUUGUUUCAAGACAUAUAAACAAACAUAUUAAGUGCAGUGAUUGUCAACAAGCAGUAUUAGGAAAAACUUCAUAUUGUGAUUCGCCUGAAGCAACACUGACAAAUAUGAAAUCUAGAGGGGGUUUAUGCCACCCAAACAUGUUUUUGUUUCAUUUGUUGGUAGACAUAGAAGACUCAUUCAAAAAGUUUUGUGAUGAAUAUGAUGUUUUUGAAUUGACUGUUGAUGAUUUCUUUAACAAAAAACAACAACUGAUAAAAACAUUUCCAUGCGCUACUCAUAAAAGUGAGAUACUUACCUUUAUAAUAUCAUACUACAUUACAACAAGAAUGCAUCAGUACACAAAAAUCUCAAACAUAGACCAACAUAAAAAUAAUGCAAAAAAGAAGAAAAAUUCAAAAUUUGUUAAUACAUAA